AUGAGUAGCUUGGCGGAAAGCAACCCCCCUUUGGAAUUGGAGGAGAAGAACUAUGACUUUGGCGAACACAGUUUGAAGAUCUCCACCUUUAAAGGAGCGUACCUAGGCGUUUCGGCUUUUGUCUGGGAACCUGGUCUUGUCCUUUGUCGCUACUUUGAGAGCAAGAAAAUUGAUUUCACUGGGAAGAAAGUGCUUGAACUGGGUUCUGGCACUGGAAUCGUCGGCAUUUUAGCAGUGCUGCUGGGUGGAGAUGUCACGUUGACGGACAGAUCCUAUGUUUUGAACCAAAUAGAAUACAACGUGCAAGCUAACAUUCCAGCCAGCAGCAGACACCGUUCAUCAAUCCGGGCCCUGGCUUGGGGUGACGAUCAGUGCAACUUUCCAAACGACUUUGAUUAUAUUCUGGGUUCAGAUAUUGUGUACAACCCCUCGCAAUUUCCUAGUCUUUUGCAGACACUGUUGUACCUCUCCACGGACAAAACUAUUGUUUAUAUGUCUUCUAACAUGGCGGCCAGAGAAGGCGCCAUCAAUUUUCACGAGGACCUCUUACCCAAGCAGUUUAACAGCGAAAUACUUCAUACAAGUGGAAGUAAUUGCAUUUACAAAGUGACUAGAAAACACCCGCGCCAUGGGCACUAA